AUGUACACCCAGGCUUCAGUUUCACCUUCAUGUCCCAUCGCUCUGCAAGGGGACCCUACUCAAUACUUUGCCUCUUUUGGUUCUGCCAUGUGUCUUCUGCCAGAUUUGACUGGAGACAACCUGAUUGAACUGGCCGUGGGUGCACCGUGUGAAAACCAAAACCAAGGGGCAAUAUACAUAUUUCCAGGACAGAAGGGGGGCUUUAGAACAACUUACAUUCAGCGCAUUGCAAGCAGUCAGGUUGCUAAAGGCCUCAUGUUCUUUGGAAGGUCAAUGAGUGGGAAUCUGGAUAUGACUAGAGAUUCACUGCCGGAUCUGUCCGUAGGGGGUGCGGGGAAAGUCCUCAUACUCAGGUCUAGGACAGUUGUUGGAGUCUCAGUGUCCAUGACUUUUAACCCCGCUGAGAUCCUCCUAUCCUCCUAUGAGUGCCCAGAUGCUGAUACGACAAAGGCAGCGACAACUAUCAGAGUGUGUGUGACCUGCACAAGGAAGAGCCCAGCCGGAGAAGUCUCUGCCCAGAUGACAUACACUCUCCAGUUGGAUGCGGGUCGCGUUCAGAAGCGGGCUGUGUUUCCUGGAAAAGAACAUUCGCUGCAGCAAACGUUUCCACUAAGACAGGGCCGUAACUGUAUCCAAUACCCUAUAACACUGCCUGAGUGCGUGGAGGACUCCCUCUCCCCUCUCCAUGUUGCUUUUAAUUUCACCUUAACUGGACAAUCUGUACUCAGUGAGGAUUCACCUACCAGCCUCUCGGAACAGGUCUCAUUUCAGAAGAACUGUGGGAGUGAUGGGCGGUGCCAGGAUGAUCUAAGGAUCAACGCCACUUUCGGAGAUCUCAGACACCUUGUGGUGGGGGUAUCUCUUGAGGUAAAUGUCAUCCUCUCAGUUCAAAACCAUGGGGAAGAUUCUUACAACUCUCAAGUUAUUAUAACAUUCCCACCAGGACUGUCCUAUAGGACGGUGUCUCUUAUCCAGGCGAUCUUCGUGGUCAGUUUCCAUGUCUCUUCUUUGGCUAAUCUAGGAAACCGUUUGACCAUUACAACCAACGUCACCAGCUCCUCUGCGUGCCAAGCCUUCAACUUCUCUUCCUGCCUCUUGGCCCACACCCCAUCCCCCCCAUCCCUAGUUCCAUAUGCCCCUUCAGCCACUAACUCCCAUCCUGGCUGA